AUGGACGCGACGAGAGCGACGGCGAGAGGAAUGGUGGCGACGAACAGCGUGGAUUAUCCGUUUAGCGUCAGGGGAGGAAGACGGGAGCAGGAACGGGUGAAGGCGAACGUGUUGGCGCCGUACGUGGUGGAUGGGAAGUAUUUCAACGUGGCGAUUCGACAACAGCUCGUCGAUUGGAUGGCGGAACAGCACAAUGCGAUGUCGCUCACGGAUGAGACGUUACAUCUUGCGAUCGUGUACGUGGAUACGUUCUUGACGCAUCGAGUUCCGGAUACGUUUUUGCAGCGACACGGAAGCGGGAGCGAGCCUGUGGAAGCCAAGCCGCUGCGCGCGCUCGACGGCGACAGAGUUUUGCACGCUAUGGAUGCGCAACAUCCUUUGUGCAACAAGCUCAAGCGCUUGGGCAUCACGUGUGUAUUCGUUGCGGCGAAAGUGACGGAAGUAACGACGCCUUCGGCGAACGUUUUCGCGCGCUAUGCACAAGUGUCGUCGUUCACGCGCGAGCAGCUCUUGCUCGCCGAGCGCGCGCUGUUGCGAGAGAUGAACUACGCGCUGAUCCGCCCGACGGCGUUUUCGUUCGCCGAAGCCUACGUCGAGAGCGUUUUGCGCUCGACGAAUCGACUGCGAAGAUUCCCCGAUCGAAUCGACUUUUGCGGUUCCGGGUUCGCCGACUACGGUGACAUGCCGACGUGCUUCAAGGAGACGACGUACUACUUGGUCGAGCUCUCGGCGUACGGACACGAGGGAUUGAAAUUCGCGCCAUCACUCCUCGCCGCCGCCGCUGUGGCUUCAUCGCUAUCGUACUUGAAGAUCACUUGGGACGAGGUGCCGAUCCUGGAAGAAGUCGUCGGAUACACUUCAGACGAGCUCAAAGAACCGAUUGAUUUCUUGCGACGCGUUGCGCGAGACGCGCAAAUGAUCGAGGAGUGGGGCGAAGGUUUGAUGGUGAACGAGAAGUAUGAAGGAUGUUCAAACUUUGUUUUCAGUGAGAUUAACUCGGAGGGUGACCCGACGAGACGCUGA